AUGGGGGCUACUUUAUCUAAAGAAGAGGUUUUUAUUAAAGAUCUUAAGAAAGAGCUGGGUGAAAAAAACGUUAAAGUGAAGAAAAAAGACUUAGUUAAAUUUUUUAUAUGUUUACAUGAUAUUUGUCCAUGGUUUGUAGUCAAUAGACCCCCAAUAGUUACUAGUACUUGGAAACAAAUUGGUGAUGAGAUUUUGCAAUACUAUACCAAAUAUGGUAAAGAGAAAGAUAGAAAGGUUAUGCAGUUCUAUUGGACUAUUCUUGGAAAAAUUAUUACAGGAGCAGAAUUAGACUCUUUUGGGGAAAACCCCGUUAACAAGGACAUUGUUGAAAAGGCUGAAGCCGUUGUAGAAAUGGCUUCCCGCAGUCAAUCUCGGGCCAGCAGCACCCCUCCCAAAACAGAAAGCCUUAUAGAUUUAGACUUGGAACCCUCCAAGGGCUUUUUCCCCAUAAUUGCCAGCGCACCCACUAAGGAGGAGAUUUUAGAUACUGAAGACAAUCUGUCCCUGCAGGACGAGGCUGCCCACUAUGAUUAUGGCCGGCUUUCUCCCUGCGCUCCCCCCCCUCCGUAUAGCGCAGACCGCCUGCCUAAUCUACCCCAGGUUCUAGCACGGCAGACUGUCCCCUCUAACUUCAAAAAAUGUAAGGCCGACCUAAAGACACAAUUAAGAGAACUUAAGGAGAUUAAAAGUCUGGAGGAACAAAUUGCCUGGCUUCAAGCCUCUUAUGACUCAUAUCAGUUCCCUGUAUUUUUUAAUCAACAGCCCGAGCGAGUUACCUUGCCUACCCCCUCCCUGCCCCCUCCCGUACCCCGCUUGCCGGAGGAUCGGGGCCGAUCCCACCAAAGGGGCACGGGUGCUGUGACUUGCAGCCACAGCCUAGAUAGAGCCCAGGCUGGGCAGAGGGCUCAGGCUUUAGCUAGGUCCCUUGAGGACAUUCAGGAAGAGCCACAACAAGUCCCUGAUAACCCUGAAUCUGCACCUUCAGUGGGCAACCACAUGGCAGAGAUUAGGAGAUACCAACGUCUCCAACACAAACCUAUAGAAACCCUUUUUCAAGCCAUAAAUACUUAUGGCCAUAAUGCCCCCUACACCCUCUCUUGCCUUGAGGCAGUCCGAGAUGGAGGAGAACUGUUACCUGCUGAAUGGAAGGAAAUUGCUAGCACAACCUUGCCACGCUCUGACUAUAUACUUUGGGAAACAGAUUUUUUGGCCCGAUGCAGGCAACUUGCCAACCUGGGUGAUGGAGGUUUUACCCUCCCAGAUCAGAUCUAUGAACAGCUUACUGGCACAGGAACCUUUGCCUCCUUUACAGUACAGCAACAGAGGCUUUCCCCUGCUCGUUUGGCUCAGAUCAAUACUGCUGCCCUCCGGGCUUGGAGAGCCAUGCCUAAAAGUGGACAGGCCACCAUUCCGCUGGCUCAAACAGUGCAAGGCCCCCAGGAGCCCUACAAUAAAUUCAUUAGUAGACUCCUGGAAACGGUAGAAAGGAUUAUGGGCUCUGCAGAUUAUAAUAAUCCCCUUGUCAAGCAACUUGCUUACGAAAAUGCUAAUGAAACCUGCAAAGCCAUUCUUCGUGGCCAAAAUAAGCUAAAACCUUUAAACGAGAUGAUCCGUCUGUGUAGCGAGGCAGACCCCUUCGUACAUAAAAUAGGCCAGGCCAUAGUGGCGUUUCAGAACCAGUCCAAUGGAAAAACCUGUUUUAAAUGCGGUCAACCAGGACACUGGGUCAAGACAUGCCCUAUGGCUAAGCACUCCCCAGUGCUCACCACAGCUAACACUGAGCCUAAACCAUCCCUCUGUCCCCGAUGCCGCCGUGGCAAGCACUGGGUGGCCUCUUGCCAUUCUAAGACUGAUAUUGAAGGCAACCCCCUUCCUCCCCAUCAGGGAAACGGCAGGAGGGCCCGGCCCCAGGGCCCACAAAAAUCAGUAUUAAUGGGGCUUCAGAGACCUGCUCGCCAGGUGCAGCAGUUUGUGGCUCCCGCCCAAAGCAACCCCAACCUCCAGCAGGACUUGAUAGAGCUUACACCACAACAGCCCCCCUUAUCAGAGCCACCCCAGGCUCCGCAGGAGUGGACUUGUGUGCGUCCACCUCAGCAGUAUUGA